AUGGCUACUGCUUCAACAUCAAAGCAAACUCCAAGGUCAAGAUCAAACUCAAGGCAUCGUCAAUCAAAUUCAAAACCUAAUCGAUCAAACUCAAAGCCUUCCUCGCAGCUCAGCAAAGGAACCUCAAGUGGUGUGUCAUCCCAGGUGGUCGGAAAACGACGCUCUGGAUCUCUACGUCACACCAUAGAUCUCUCCUACUCGCUUCCAGCAUCGCCAGAAGAGGAAGUCGUGAUUCCCUCAUCAGAAUCUCAGAUUGACUGGGAUGCUAUCGAGAUUCUUGAAGAAACCAGGAAGAAAUACUUAAUAAAAUGGGCAGGUGUCAAUCCCGACACGAACGAACCAUGGGACCCAUCCUGGGAACCCAAGGAGAAUGCGGGUGAAGCACUUGUUAAAGCAUGGAUGGAUUCCAAGGCCGCACGAAAGACUCGAUCAUCAAUUGGAAAACGUCGAACUUCAGGAGUCCUCACCAGGUCAACUAGCCCAAAACGAAGGCGAAUCAUCUUUGAAGAUUAUCCUAUUUCACAGAAGCGUCAUUCACGUCAGCAUAAACGUAUCCGAAAUGAGACAUCCGAUUCGGAAGACGAAGAAGUCCUACCAACGCAAGAUAAAGGAUCAAACAUCAACAAUAACAAAGUUACACCUGUCCCCGACGCUAGUCUUCCGAUUUUUUUACUUCAGUCACCACAUUCAAAGGGAAAAAACUCACGAGUGAAUCCUCUUCAUUUGCGAACACCCUCGGGAUCAGAUUCUGUGGACGCAAACGAACACACAGUACCCACUCCUCGGUCUCCCACAAACAUUGAACAUGUUCCUUCGCCUUCUCCACCUGCCAAUGUUCCCUUGUCCAAUCCUUCCCCUCGGUCACUUACUCUAUCCAAAUCUAACACUCGGAUUUCGGAACGAUCUCCAAGAAGCCCAGGACAGGCCAUCCUGGCAAAACCCACUGUGCAUGUCUCGGAUACCUUGCAUAAGACACUUUCGAAGAAGCCUUCCGGCAUCAACAUCUUUGGAACUCGAUCUAAUGGUUCUAGCGGUCAACCCCCUCUACCUCCGCCCAGCCAUGAUUCAUCAACUCCUAAACGACCUCCUUCUCGAGGACUUCCCAGUUCGCGAGCAGCUUCACCAUUUGUCGACAUCAACUCCGGCUCUAAUGGCGCAAAAAAGCGUGAUCUCGAGGUAGGCGGUUUUCAUAAGCGUUCCCAGCGAAACUUUCAUGAUACAUGUAGACUGACAGAUUCUCCCAUACCAACAUCGUUGUUCUCAAAGUGCCGAAAGAAGCCGUUCUACUCUCAUAUUCUACGUGAUGCAGUUGAACCCUCGGAAUUCCAAUUAGGAUCGACAUCCUCGUUGUUUCGAGCUGAAGAAUCAUUGGAAGAAUCUGUGGUCCUGGCACCUGAUAAGUCAAAUAGCCGCACAAUGCCUGAGGAGGUCGAAAAGCCCACUCAAGAGCCCCCUAUAUCACAUUCUCCAUCCCGAUUUCUUGAUGCAUCGCCUCGGAGGAAGACCACUCCACAACCAUCAUCGGACACUUCAGCUGAGCUAUCAUCUCAACCUACAGAUGAGGUGGCCCAAAUGAUUGCCACCUUCAACGACUAUACACAAACUUCUAGUCGGAUAAGUUUGCAACGCUUCAUAAGCGCCUGUGAUAUAGAUCCAGUAGAUCGAAAUAUGUUGAUAACAUAUCUGGACAACCCCAAGGCGUUUCUUAGUCAUCCCCAAAAUGGUAUCCAAGAAGCACAGCGUGCUUACGGUGGAAAAGAGUACAUUGGCUUUGAGUUGCAACAAGAGACAAAUGGGUCGAUUUGUCUUUGGAUCGAGCUGGACGAACCUGACAACCCAAAGACCACAGUGAGGUGGGAAAGUGGGCGGUCACUCGAAAAACUGAGCGUCAGCUUGGUAUCUUACCAUAAUCCAGUCGCCGAAGGUGCAUUCUUGGCAAGUCCUCGCCCUGACCGAAAAAGGACUCCUGUUCCUUUGGGAUGCCAGCCGCUCCACCGCACACCAGAGUCUCGACAUACCCCCAAAGACAAUCUUUCUCCCGCAAAAAAUGCGCCCACCGCUUCGGGACAACUAGAAGCAACUACAUCAGUAUCUGCCAACGAUAUGGGCCGUCCAGAUGCCUCACCAAUCACGUGCGAAGAAGACAUCCAGCAAGAACUUGUUCUUGAACCUGGGCCAUCAGACGAUUCACACAGACUGAGCAUUGAUAGCGAUUUCUUGUUUACGACCGAGCGGUGCACCCCAGCACUGAAUGAUGAUCUACCCAAAGCAAUACCUGAGAUAUUAAUCGCUUCACCAGCUGAGCCAGUCCAACCUGGUAUCAUGACACAAAAUGUUUCGCCCGCAAAAAAUGCGCUCAUCGCUUCGGAACAAUUAGAAGCAACUACAUCAGUAUCUGCCAAAGAUAUGGGCAGUCCAGAUGCCUCAUCAAUCGUGUCCGAAAAGGAUACCCAGCAAGAACAUGUUCAUGGACCUGGGCCAUCGGACGAUCCACACAGACUGAGCAUCGAUAGCGAUUUCUUGUAUACGACCGAGCGAUGCAACUUAGCACCGAUUGAUGAUACACCUAAAGUAAUACCUGAAAUCUUCAUUGCUUCACCAGCUGAGCCCAUACACCCUGAUAUCACGACACGUCAGUCGCAGCUUUCUGGCCAACACGGUGCCUCUACCUCAAAUCCAAGGCACUCAUCGCCGUCGCAACAACCUGACCCGAAUACAAAUAGUCACAUCCCCACCAACCACACUCUCGGCCAAAGAUCGGAUAUCGCGAUUGUUGUGUCCCAUGUUCAUGAUGUACCAAGUCAGGAAGGCCACAAUGCGUCGUCGCAUGCGCAUUCACUCGUUCAGAAUUUACGAGGAGAAUCAGUACCGUCCUCGAUAGUGCCCUCGAUAGUUAAUUCAACGCACGAGUCUAGUCGUGGUGAUGGUGCUGCAGAUCAACAGGUCGGAGCAGGAGACGAUGAAGGGUCACAGGCGACUACCGUAGAAGAGUCUCACCCACGCGAACAUUCAUCAACUGUCUCCGCAUCUGAGACAGAUUCUCCGGAAAAGCUAAAAAAGGACAUCUACGAACUCACCACAUCUGUCAAGUUUUUACGCUCUCUGCUGGGCGGCGCUCUGGACCUUCACGCUCGGGCUCAAGGAGUCGAAGAUAUCUCGUAUUCCAACAGCCUGACACAACAAAAAGUAGAAGAGCUUGAAGAAAAACUGUCGAAACAAGAAAAGCACACAAAAUCAUGGCAAGAAAAAUAUAAGGCUAAGGAUAUAGAAAUCACAGGUGUACGUGUCCAAUUACUAGACUUUAUGAGUCAGAAUGAUGCUCUAUCGAAAGAAAACCGGGCCUUGCGAGCUCGCUUGAAAGACUCAAAUCACCCCGCUCGACAUGUUUAUGAAGCAUUCUCAACUAAGAUGAAAGCUGACGUAGCACGACUGGAGUCAGAAAAUCAUCUAUCUAAACAAACUAUCAAACGACUUCAGGCUAGGCUUUGUGAACAAUCGAAUGAUGAAGAUCAAGAUGGCUUAGAAUUUCGCGUAGCAAAUCUCGAGUCUAAGAACGAAACCUUGAAAGAAGAAUUAUCUCUUUUAGCACAGGCUGAAGCUAAGGCGCAAACUCUAGUAUCAGAGGCCAGAGCCGCUGAAGCCAUCCAUAGACAACGCGCUGAAAGAUUAGAAGCUGCUUUACAAACUAAUGCCGACAUACUUGUUGAUACAGAGAACUCUCAAGAUGAAGAUUCUGACGUGGAUGAUGAUGAUCUUAUGGCGCAAGCCCGCGCAAAGAUUCCACUUUCAGACGAUGAGAAUACUACCAGAAGUACACAGGAUGAAGAUAUGCCAGUCAGAGAUAAUCGAUCAAAUACGGAUACCUCCGAUAUACCAGAAUCUAAUGCUGAGGAAGCGAUUAUCGAUCACGAGGCAAGUCAAAGAAGAUCUGCACAUCCCGAGUCUGUCAAGAAGGCUACCAGAAGCAGCGUGAUCAAUCUUUUAAACGCUCGUUCUUCAUAUUUGGAGCCAUCGACCGAAGGGGAGGAAGAUAUUAAACCAAGAAUCACGGAUACCCUGGAGAUGUUGAACGAUGAGCGGCCUUCAACCCAACCCGAGAGAAUUAAUCUCACUAUGGUUCAUGUCAUAGACCCAGAGAACCUCAACGGCAAAACGGUCUUAAUUCUACUACCCAACGCACGCUUUCGCGAGUGUCUUAUCCUGCAGCUCGCCAUUUUAGUCCUAUGGAAGAAGACCUUGAUAGUCGAUUCAUAUAUUAUCCUAGACGUUCACUACCUGCUCAUCGUCGAACGAACGGCCAGUAAUCCAGCGAAUGACGAUGAAGAUGAUCGCUAG